AUGGGGAGAAUUUCUGGUGUUAGGGUUGGUUCUUCAAUUGGGGGCAAAUCCAAAGGAGGGAGAAAGAACAAAGAUGUUGUUCAAAGUAGUAGUGGAGAAGGUUCAAGAUUUUGGAAGAAAUUGAGAACUUUCCUAGGUUGCAUGUUUUGGAGUUCCAAAGGGGAAGAUUCCUCCAUAAACAAAAUCAACCAAGUUGAUCAUGGAAGACAUGUUACAAAUGAUGUUGACAGACAGCAGCCAAUUGUCCCAAGAUCUUCGUCCAACAGAAGAAUAAGUAGCCAUGCAAGAUUGUCGGUUCCGGAUCAAGAACUGUUUGAAGCUUCUUUGCUUCUUCGAAGGUUCGCUUUUCAAGAUCUUAUGUUGGCAACAAGAACUUUUAAGGUUGAGAAUUUUCAUGAUGAGAAAGGGUUUGGAGUUUUGUUGAAGGGUUGGAUUAAUCCAUAUGGAAACUAUGCAGCAAGGCCUGGAAAAGGGAUUCCCAUUGCAGUAAAGGCACUCAACUUAAACGAAUGUCAAGAUAAAAACGAAUGGCUAGAUGAAAUUAUUUAUCUUAGUAAACUCCAACAUUUAAAUCUGGUUAGACUAGUCGGAUUUUGUCUUGAGGAUGACAAAAGGCUGCUUGUAUACGAGCAUAUAUGUGAAGGAAGUUUAGAGAAGCAUCUUUUCAAGAGCGCUGUACACCUUACAUGGCCUACGAGGAUGAAAAUUGCAAUUGGAGCUGCUAAUGGCAUGUCAUUUUUGCAUGAGGAAGCUUCAAGACCAUUAAUAUUUGGAGAUUUUAAGACAUCUAGUAUCCUAUUGGAUAAGGAUUACAACACAAAACUUUGUGACUUUGGUCUUGCAAAAGAUGCUUCAAUGGGACAUGAAAUGCGUACAACUAAAAUGGUAGGAUCAAAAGGCUAUGAAGCCCCAGAAUAUAUAAUGACAGGACUCCUUACUCCAAAGAGCAAUGUUUAUAGCUUUGGACUGGUUCUACUUGAACUAUUGACAGGAAGAAGAGUUAUAGAUAAAACAAUGCCUAUAGAAGAGCAAAACUUGAUAGAAUGGUUAGGGCCUCGUCUUGGGAACAAAGCAAACUUCCAUUAUUUGAUGGAUCCUAGACUUGAAGGCCAAUAUCCAACAAAAUUUGCUCAUAAGACAAUGAAAUUAGCUAUUCAUUGUCUUCGCCUUGACCCAAAAACAAGACCCCUUAUGAGUGAAGUACUUCAUGAGUUAAAAUCUUUGCAUGAUGACAUGCUUGGAUCCUCAACCUCCCAUGGAAGAAGGCAUAAAGGUCCAUCCAACCAUGUUAGUCCUAACAAGUAUGGUGUUGGAAUAUGUCCAUCAUCAAAUUUUCCAAGGUGCUUCCAAGCCAUGCCAGAAUGUCAAGACUAUCCUUUACCUCUACCUCCAUCUCCAUCAAAUCCAAGAGUUAGAUCUUCCUCAAAUCCUAGUUUGGAAAUUUAUUCAACCUAG